GGUCCCCACUGGCGAGGCUGGGCAGAGGGGGGUGGGUGGGUACAAGACACCGUCGGCGGCAACCUCAGCCCUUCCCGUCGUUUCAUGGAGAGGAGAGGCUGUUAGGGGCAGUGCCAGACCUGGAGGAGACCGGAGGAGGUGGAGGUAGCUACGGGGCUGGAUAAUAAAACAGACGAGCUCGGCAAACUCGGUCUCUACACGGUAGCAAGACGUCGUUGGCGCUGCAGAGACUUGCAGGCCCUACAGCUGGGCACUAAAGAAGGCACCCCAGGGUGCUAGGAAGACAGCACCAUGUCAGGGGCUUCUGUGAAGGUGGCGGUGCGUGUCCGCCCCUUCAAUUCAAGGGAGAUUGGAAGAGAAAGCAAAUGCAUCAUUCAGAUGUCUGGAAACACCACCACCAUCAUCAACCCCAAGCAGGCCAAAGACAACAAGAGCUUCAACUUUGAUUACUCCUACUGGUCCCACACCUCGCCCGCGGACAGCAAUUAUGCCUCUCAGAUGCAAGUAUACAAAGACAUCGGAGAGGAAAUGUUGCUGCACGCCUUCGAGGGCUACAACGUCUGCAUCUUUGCUUAUGGUCAGACAGGUGCUGGCAAGUCCUACACCAUGAUGGGGAAACAGGAUGUCAAGGAUCAACAAGGAAUCAUUCCCCUGAUGUGUGAAGAUCUUUUCACUAAGAUCAAUGACAAUACAGACAACAGCAUGUCCUACUCUGUGGAGGUAAGCUACAUGGAAAUCUACUGUGAACGUGUGCGAGACUUGCUGAACCCCAAAAACAAAGGGCACCUGCGUGUAAGAGAACAUCCUCUGAUGGGACCCUAUGUGGAGGACCUGUCCAAGCUGGCUGUCACCUCCUACAAUGAUAUCCAGGACCUGAUGGACUCUGGCAACAAGGCCAGGACUGUGGCUGCCACCAACAUGAAUGAGACAAGCAGUCGCUCACACGCUGUCUUUAACAUCAUAUUCACUCAGAAACGCCUUGAUGCUGAGACUGACAACACUUCUGAGAAGGUCAGCAAAGUAAGUUUGGUGGAUUUGGCCGGCAGUGAGAGGGCAGAUUCUACUGGAGCCAAAGGGACAAGGCUUAAGGAAGGAGCAAAUAUAAACAAAUCUCUAACUACACUGGGGAAAGUCAUCUCUGCUUUGGCAGAAGUGGACUCUGGGCCGAAUAAGAAUAAAAAGAAGAAAAAAGCGGAAAGCUUCAUCCCCUAUAGAGAUUCAGUUUUGACCUGGCUGCUGAGAGAAAAUUUGGGGGGGAAUUCUCGUACUGCGAUGGUAGCUGCCCUGAGUCCAGCUGAUAUCAACUACGAUGAGACCCUCAGCACACUCAGGUACGCAGACCGCGCAAAACAGAUUCGCUGUAACGCUGUCAUCAAUGAGGAUCCCAACAACAGAUUGGUGCGUGAACUGAAGGAGGAGGUGUCUCGUCUGAAAGAUCUACUCUACGCCCAGGGCCUGGGUGACAUCAUUGAGAUGACCAAUGCCAUGACGGGGAUGAGCCCCUCUCCGUCUCUCUCAGCCUUGUCCAGUCGUGCUGGAUCCAUUGCCAGUCUGCACGACCGCAUUAUGUUCAGCCCAGGCAGCGAGGAGGCGAUUGAGAGGCUGAAGGAAACAGAGAAAAUCAUUGCUGAACUCAAUGAAACUUGGGAAGAGAAACUUCGCCGAACCGAGGCCAUUAGAAUGGAAAGAGAGGCCUUGCUGGCAGAAAUGGGUGUAGCAAUGCGAGAAGAUGGCGGGACAGUUGGUGUGUUCUCCCCUAAGAAGACGCCUCAUUUGGUGAACCUCAAUGAGGAUCCUCUGAUGUCUGAAUGCCUGCUGUACUACAUUAAAGACGGGAUCACCAGGGUUGGUCGUUUAGAUGCCAGCAGUCGUCAGGAUAUAGUCCUCAGUGGCCACUUCAUCAAGGAUGAGCACUGCACCUUUACUAGUUCUGCUGGUCCAGUGGGAGAAACAGUGGUUGUGCUGGAGCCAUGUGAAGGAGCUGAGACUUAUGUCAACGGAAAGAGAGUGACAGAGCCUACUGUCCUGAAAUCAGGAAAUCGCAUCAUCCUGGGGAAGAGCCAUGUGUUCCGAUUCAACCACCCUGUGCAGGCUAGGGCUGAGAGGGAGAGGACCCCCUGUGCUGAGACACCUGCUGAGCCUGUGGACUGGGCCUUUGCCCAGAGGGAGCUGCUGGAGAAACAGGGCAUUGACAUGAAACAGGAAAUGGAACAGAGGCUGCAGGAGUUGGAGGACCAGUAUCGAAAAGAAAGAGAGGAGGCCAACAACCUUCUGGAACAGCAGAGAUUGGAUUAUGAGAGCAAACUGGAAGCUCUUCAGAAGCAAGUGGACCGUUAUUACCCAGAAGCCCCUGAAGAAGAGGAGGAGCCAGAGGAAGAAGUUCAAUGGACAGAGAGGGAGCGAGAGCUAGCUGUGUGGAGCUUUCGUAAGUGGAGGUGCUACCAGUUCACCUCUCUCCGUGACUUGUUAUGGGGAAAUGCCAUCUUCCUCAAGGAGGCCAAUGCCAUCAGCGUGGAACUCAAGAAGAAGGUCCAGUUCCAGUUUGUGCUGUUGACAGACACUCUCUACUCCCCUCUGCCUCCUGACCUGUUGCCCCCAGAGGCAACUAAAGACAGAGAGAAGCGACACUUCCCACGCACCAUUGUGGCUGUGGAGGUGCAGGAUCAGAAGAAUGGAGCCACCCAUUACUGGACAUUAGAAAAACUAAGGCAGAGGCUGGAUCUCAUGAGAGAGAUGUAUGACCGUGCUGCUGAUGUGCCCAACAAUACCACUGAGGACUGUGAAAAUGUGAUGACUGGAGGUGACCCCUUUUAUGACCGCUUCCCCUGGUUCCGUCUGGUUGGCAGAAACCCAAUUUUCAACGCAUGCAUGAGCGAGCGCACGAGUGACCCUACCCCGUCCCCGACCCUCUCCAACUCUGAAAUUACUGAGCUGGCUGACUCGCAGCGGGAGGGUCCAGGGGAUGAGGAGUUGGAGGAGUUGGAGGACCUGGACGAUGAUAUCUUUUUGGACGACCCGUGCUCGGAGCUCGGGGGAGAGGAUGAUGAUGAUGAUGAUGAUGAUGAUGAUGAUGAUGAUGAUGAUGAUGUGGGAGAGCUCGGCCGAGGCUCCAGCGAAGGCCAGGAUCCCUUUUACGACCGCUCACCAUUAUUCAGUGUAGUGGGAAGGGCUUUUGUUUAUCUGAGUAACCUGCUGUACCCAGUUCCUCUCGUCCACCGUGUGGCCAUCGUCAGUGAGAAGGGAGAAGUAAAAGGCUUCCUCCGGGUGGCAGUGCAGGCCAUAUCAGCGGAUGAGGAAGCUCCCGACUACGGGUCAGGAGUGAGGCAGUCAGGCACUGCCAAAAUCUCAUUCGAGGAUCAGCAAUAUGAAAAGUUCCAGUCAGAAUCCUGCUCUGUAGGACUGUCCCGUACAGGGAUUUCCCAGGAGGAGCUUCGUAUCGUGGAGGGGGAGGGGCAGAACACAGAAAUGGGACCCUCAGCUGAUGAGGUCAACAACAAUACAUCUGGUGCAGACGAGUUGGAGAAUCCGCCGAAGGCCAGUCUGGAAGGCCCGUUGGAUGCUCUGGAGCACCUCAGGAUUGGUAAUGUUUUUACCUUCAGGGUAACCGUCCUGCAGGCUUCUAGCAUCUCUGCAGAAUAUGCUGAUAUCUUCUGCCAGUUCAAUUUCAUCCACCGCCAUGAUGAGGCCUUCUCUACUGAACCCCUAAAAAACACAGGCCGCGGCCCUCCUCUUGGUUUCUACCAUGUGCAGAAUAUCGCCGUUGAAGUUACUAAAUCCUUUGUUGACUACAUCAAGACACAGCCAAUUGUGUUUGAAGUGUUUGGACACUACCAGAAACAGCCUUUUCUUCCUCUCUGUAAAGAUAUCAUCAGUCCAUUACGUCCCUGCAGAAGACAGUUCCCACGAGUGAUGCCUCUGUCCAAACCAGUACCUGCCACCAAGCUGACAACCAUGACUCGCCCACAGGCAGGAACCUGCCACUGUAAAUAUGAUCUCAUGGUAUUCUUCGAGAUCUGUGAGCUGGAAGCCAAUGGAGACUACAUCCCUGCGGUGGUGGACCACAGAGGAGGAAUGCCUUGCCAUGGCACAUUCCUACUGCAUCAGGGCCUCCAAAGAAGAAUCACUGUUACUAUUGUACAUGAAUCAGGAGGUGACAUGGAGUGGAAGGAAGUCCGUGAGCUUGUUGUGGGACGUCUCCGCAACACCCCCGAAGCUGAUGAGACCAUCAUUGACCCCAAUAUUCUCUCCCUCAAUAUCUUGUCUGCCGGGUAUGUCAGGCCCAUGCAAGAUGACAGCAUUUCCUUGGGAGUUGAGAAUAGGACCUUCUACCGCUUUGAGGCCGCUUGGGAUAGCUCCAUGCACAACUCUCUGCUACUCAACCGAGUCACUCCAUAUGGAGAGAAGAUCUACAUGACCCUCUCAGCCUAUCUGGAGAUGGAGAACUGCACCCAGCCCGCAGUCAUAACCAAAGAUAUCUGCAUGGUCUUUUACUCUCGAGACACAAAGCUCUCAGCCUCCCGCUCUAUUCGCAACCUUUUUGGUACUGGAAGCUUUAGAGCGGCAGAUGGAAACCGUGUAACUGGAGUUUAUGAGGUCAGCUUAUGUCACCUGGCAGAUGCAGGAAGCCCAGGCAUGCAGAGGAGACGCAGGCGGGUGCUGGACACCUCGGUGGCUUACGUCCGUGGGGAGGAGAACUUGGCUGGGUGGAGGCCUCGCAGUGACAGCCUCAUUCUGGACCACCAGUGGGAGCUGGAGAAACUCAGCCUCCUUCAAGAUGUGGAGAAGACCAAACAUUACCUCUUGCUGAGAGAGAAACUGGAGUCUACCCUACUCAUAGGCCAAGAGUCCCUGCAGUCCUGUGUCACCGAGGAGCUGAGUGAGUCUCCUCAGCCCCCUGAGGUCGACCAGGAAGUCAGAUCCAGCUCUGAAAUCACCACUGAGAGGCAGAGGGAGCUCGCUGCCAAGUGUUUGCGGCUGCUCACUCACUCCUUCAACAGAGAAUACGGCCAUGUGUGUGUCAGCGCCAGUGAAAGCAAGAUCUCAGAGAUGUCUGUCACAACACUAAGAGACUCCACUUCAAUUUCUGCUCUCAACACAAUCACACCCUCCUCAACAUGCCCUUCGCUGGUUGAGGGUUGCUAUGGCAACACGGAACUCAGACCACCUAUGCCUCGCUCUCGCGCCGUCAGCCCCGGUCCUGACACACAGCAGGACGCGGAGGCCAAGAAGUCCAUCAGUGGAGCCUCUGAAGCAAAGCCUCGCACCCGCAAAUUUGUCCCUGAUAUCCAGGAGAUUAGAGUCAGCCCCAUUGUGUCAAAGAAAGGUUACAUACAUUUCUUGGAGCCACACACCAAUGGAUGGGUGAAGCGGUAUGUUGUGGUGCGGCGGCCAUACGUCUACAUCUACAACACAGAAAGAGACACGGUGGAGCGGGCUAUUCUCAAUCUGUCCUCUGCUCAGGUGGAGUACAGUGAGGACCAGCAGGCAAUGCUAAAGACCCCAAACACAUUCGCUGUGUGUACAGAACAUCGCGGAAUAUUGCUUCAAGCCACUAAUGAUAAAGAGAUGCAUGACUGGCUAUAUGCGUUUAAUCCUCUCCUUGCUGGAACCAUCAGGUCAAAGCUGUCAAGAAGACGAGCUGGACAGAUGAGGAUGUGAAACAACACUCUGAACAAAUUUCAUGAGAGAAGGAUGAACGCAAAGACUUAUAUGUACAUAGAUCCUUGUCUUUAUCCCUCCCCCUGUGCUGAGCCCCGUCCCCACCACCAUCACCAACAACAAUCUUUCCCCGUUCUCAGUUUAUCACUAGUGUCCUCGGCACCUAAAGCGCCCAUUUUGUGUCAGGCCUUUGCUGCGGUGUGAGUCUCGUAGUCUGAAGAACCUCUUCAAAAAGCUGUCACUGUACUGUACUGGAGUGUAUUCAUAGCUGGACGAAUGAAGAAAAAGGACGAAGUAGCAACAGUUUCUUAUCUCAGAUUACAUACGUAUGGUUCUGUACUGUAGUUGUUGUCAGUGACACAUCGAGCCUUAUGCAUUUAUUCCUUAAAAAAAUGCAGUGACAUUUAUCUUACCUAAAGCUGCCAUGUCAGUGAGGAUCACAUUGCUACAUUUGCAUCAGUAAAUAGGCAAACAUGCAGAUUCUUCUCUGCUCUACUCUACAGCUAUAUAUAUACAGUGUCUAAACUGGUUUGCAUACAACAUACAGCAAGAAAAUAUGUGCUAAAAGAAAAAAAUGACAGUUGAGUGUAACUCUUCAGAAUAUUUCUCUCUUCUUUCUGGUCCAUGAAACCUGACAUUGAGUAAUCUGCAUCCUAUCCCUAAAACUACUUAGAAACCUUAGCACACACAGCCUGGCAAGGGCAUGGCAUAUCGUCAUAAACUUCAUGUUCUUGUGACAUUUUGAUAAAUCCAUGUCGUUUUAGCUACUUGUAGGAGCACUGUGGGUAUCUACAUUCACCCGUUCAGUAAUCAGAUAUCAUCCCAUUAAUCCUCCCAAUUUAAUCUCAUUCUCUACCUGAAUUUUAUUUGUUUUAAAUUGUGAUAUAUUUAGAUAUUUAACUGCUUUAUUUAUUUCUGCAUGUAUUUAUUUACAAAGACAUUUAUAUUUCUAAAGUAGUAGCACCGUGCAAUUUCUGCACACUGCACUUUUUAAUAUAAGUUCCUUAAAUGUUUGAAUGAUACAACCUUGUCCCCAUGCGAUUAAUGCGAGUUAAACAAUUUCAUAACGUUAUGAUUGGCCAGUUUCUUUACCUGAUUGACUGAAUAAUAAUAUCCCCUUUAAGGUAAGGAUAGUCACAGCUGAACAACUAACAUACAUCUGACACAAUCAGUAUAUUAGGUAGAGAAUAUUAAGGUGGUCUGUCCAUUCGCAACUGCACAAAGCUACCUUGUCAAAGUGAUCAAAAGUAUAAAAUGUUCCUCACAGUACAGAAUAAGAAACUGUUUGUCUGAAUGAAAUGUAUAUUGAUUAAAUGUAGUGCCUCUCUUUUCAGUCAUACUGUAUAGGCAUAUUUUACAGUAUGCCUCUUCACCAGUUGCUUUGAAACUACAUCCUUCAUGCUGCUGUAAUACUGUUCCGGAAAUGUCUGCAGAUAACGUCAUCACUUGUCUGCUUUUCAUCAUCAUCAUCAUCAACCCACCACUUACAUAUUCAGACAAAACGUUGCAUUUAUGGUAAUAUUAGAUUUCUAAUAUGGCAAUCAGAUGUCAUACGGAACUUUCCAUAACACAGAGUAUAUUUCAUUUUUAUACAUACAGAAAUCUUGUGUGAAUUAUACAUAUGACGAUAUUUAUUAAACAGUCCUGCUUUGAAUGGAAAAAUCCAAUGCUGCUGACAGUGUCAAAGUGCAGCUGUAAGACUGCACUCCUGUUUCUUUUUUUCAACUCGUUCAGCUGAUCGUUGAUGAUAAAUGCCGCUGUGCAUUUUCGGAAGCGUUUCAGUUCGAUCGAUGAGCAUGCCUCAGGUCAGCCAGCCUAGACAGCAUGUUCCAUGACAGUGGUGACAUGUCAUUUACGUAUGAGGACAGCCUCUCAAAGCAUGUAACCUUUACAAAAGAAUAUUCUUUUUACUGUAUCUAAUGGCACAGUAAAUUUUAGUAUGGGAUCAAACUGUAACAGCAGUUCAGUAUGUUUGCAUUUUUGCUUCUAAUGUAAUCCAUACAAUAUCUUACUCUAGUGAGAUUGGAAAGUAUUCUGUGUGUUGUGGACAUAUUUUGAAGUUAUCCAAUCAAAACAUUUUACAACCCUACCUGUGUACAACUGUCAGUAGUUAUAAAUUAAUCAAACAGUCAAACGUCUGUUCCUAUCUUUUGUUGGUUGCGUAACAAGUUGAUCAUCCUUGUAGUGAUCAACGUCUAUCACACACACUUUCUCGGCAGAGACUGCAGUGGUAUUUUAUCCAGCUAUAUCAUCAUCAUUGAGGGAAUACCUACCGCACUGUACAUUACACUGUCUCAAGCUCUCAUUUCUGUCUCGUUUCCUUUAAACCCCAAUCUUAAAUGUGAGCUCCAGUCUGAUCUCAAUGUUGAGAUUAUUCCUCGUGUUUUUAUUGGGCCUUUUUAAUGUGCAUCACAUUUGAGCCAACCAAAGUUUUGUUGGUGCGGUCACACACACA